AUUCCAUUUUCAGACAUAACCCUAUUUCACCCUCAUUUUCAUUCACUUCGUGCACACUCUCUCUGGUACGGCGAUUUCCGUCUCCCUCCGGCGAACGACGGCGGCGAUUCUUUCUGCAGAUUGGUUGUUCAUUCUGCACUUUCCUUGUACUCAAGUAGCCAGCCAAGAAAUUUGUGCGUUUCUGUGGUGGAUUCAUUGAGUUGUGAAUUUGAUAUGCAUGCCUCUAGUUAGUUGGUCCAUUCUGUGACGCUGCGGGGUGCUUCUGAUCAAUAGAACAGGAAGCAGAGGGAAAAGAAGUUUAAGAUGAGCAUCUACUUGAGUCGACUGUUUCCUAGAUGUAAUUCAAGUUCAUUCUUAUGUAGUGGAAAGGCCUUGCAAUCUGAAGUUUUGCGCUUAGGGAAAGAAACGUUCUUGGUGGAUGCAGGACCUGGGACCCCCAAAAAUUGUUUGCGAGAUGAGCUUACAGGAGUGCCAAUCAACCGAGCCACCAGGUUUGAGAAUAAGGUGGGAUUCUUGGAUCGAGCAGCCGGUGAAACACACAUCAGAAAGAAGAAUUUAGAGAGAUUAUUCAUUGAUCUAGUGGCCGGUGAACCACUGAUCAAAGAACGAGCAGCUGCCAGGUUUAAUGAUAUGGCAGGAUCCACAGAUGUAGUGGCUGGUGAACCGCUUCUUCUUCUUCCACGAAGAUUCAGGCAAGACCGAGCUUGGAUGAAACUGAACAAGAUUUGGCGAACAAAUACAAAGGUAAAAGGCUUUAUUAUUGAUAAAGUCAGAGGAGGUUAUUCAGUAGCCAUCGCGGGUUUCAUUGCUUAUCUUCCAUUCCGUUCUCACAGCAAAAGGCAAAGACGGAGGAUAUCAAAUGAUCAAUUCACCAUUGAGAGCAUUAACCCCAAAAAUAAGAGUAUUAUGGUGUUCUAAAGGAGGUGGAUCAAACAAUAACUUGGCGUUCUAAUGAUUUAUAGGUUAAUAAUUUGUUAGACUUGAUUGCAGUUAUCGUUCCUUUCAGUUUCUUGUUUUUUGUUGAUACUGUCAUUGUUUUUGGAUUGUUGUUAUUAUUUGGUGUAGUUGUUUAGCAAUGAAAGUCCCUGAUUUGUGGAACUCUACUUUCAAAAGAGACGGAAAAAGAGGAUACUAUGUCUGAAUUUUAUGAUAAGAUGACAAAUGCAUAUAAUGAUUCAGCUCAAUGGCAAUCAAAUAAUCAGAAAGAUCUGAUAGUCACAGAUCUUCACCUGCUUCA